UGUGCGCGUUCUUCGGCAUCCGAGUGCCCGGCAAUGUGUGUGUGUUUUCCGAGUGGCUGAGUUGUGAAAAGCAUGAAAAAUUACACCCAAAUGUAAAGUUGGUCUGAGAGGCGAAAAUCCAGAGGUCCUUUUUCGGGGCCACACAACUGAAAUUAUUCGAGGAGAUAAAUUAUUUUAAUGUGAUAUGAUAGCGGAGAAUUUAUACGCGACGCGCUGAUAACACACAAUUUUCCAUGGCAAUCAUUUUUAGUCGAAAUAAAUAAUUCAAGCUCAGCGCUGAGUGGAAAAGAUAGUUUGAGUUGCACGCGAAAUUUUAAUGCCAACUACUAUGAAAAACGCGCUGCGUUUUGAUUUAUGUGAACGCCAUAAAAGUGCACAGCGUAAAUUGCAAAAAUACCUCAAAGGCAGCGGCAAAAACAACGACCACCACAGCAACUCAUUAAAACUAGUGCAAAUCAACAAAGGCGAGAGCAAACCGGAAAGCAGCUGGAGAAUCACAAGGUUUCGGAGCAGCUACAGCUACAGCUAAACUUAUCAUUUUUAUCACUCGCAGUGGGAAAUCGCGGAAAGGUGUCGCGGCGGAACACCUGAAGAAAAAGCGGCUCAAUUAAUUGCUCAACGCUCUGCGGCUUUCAGCAGUUUGUUCCCAUUACAGCCGCUGAAAUAGCUUCGACUGCCUUUGAAACUCCGCCUGCGUAGUUAUGGUCGAUCCAUUAAAAAUCUUUUGGGUUUUGACGAAUAGCACCUAUUUGGUUACAAAAUUUGUACGCAUUGGUAUUGCCGACAAAAACGAUUCACCGCCAUAUUUCGAUAGAUUUCUGUACGAGACUGAAAUCGAUGAAAAUGCCGAUUUGCAGAGCACAGUCCUCACUGUCAACGCCAAGGAUCACAAUGAGUCGACGAAUAUUCGAUACCAGAUCACAGGCGGUAACAUAGGUAAUGCCUUUGCCGUACAGAAUACCACUGGUGUCAUCUACGUGGCAAGUCCACUCGACUAUGAAACGCGGCCAAGGUACGAGCUGCGGCUGGAGGCGACGCGGAAUCGCAAAAACAACUACACCACCGUUGUGAUCAACGUUCGCGAUGUCAACGAUAAUCCACCUGUAUUCGAUCGUCAAACAUAUCGCACACAAAUCACUGAGGAAGACGAUCGCAAUCUGCCCAAACGCAUUCUGCAGGUCACAGCCACCGACGGCGAUGUAGAUAGACCAAUAAAUAUUGUAUAUUUCCUGACUGGCCAGGGCAUCGACCCCGAUAAUCCAGCGAAUAGUAAAUUUGAUAUAAAUCGCACGACCGGCGAUAUUUUUGUACUUAAGCCCCUGGAUCGUGAUCAGCCGAAUGGCAGGCCACAGUGGCGCUUCACAGUAUUCGCCCAGGACGAGGGCGGCGAGGGCCUGGUGGGCUACGCGGACAUCCAGGUCAAUCUGAAGGACAUCAACGACAAUGCGCCGCAGUUUCCGCAGGGCAUCUACUUCGGCAACGUCACCGAGAACGGAACCGCCGGCAGCUCCGUGAUGACCAUGUCCGCCGUCGACUACGACGAUCCCCACGAGAGCACCAACGCCAAGCUAAUCUACUCGAUUGAGAAGAACGUCAUCGAGGAGGAGACGGGGGCGCCCAUCUUCGAAAUCGAACCGGAGACGGGGCUCAUCAAGACGGCGGUCUGCUGUUUGGAUAGGGAGCGCACUCCGGACUACUCCAUCCAGGUGGUGGCCAUGGACGGCGGUGGUCUGAAGGGCACCGGCACCGCCUCGAUUCGAGUGAAGGACCUCAACGACAUGCCGCCGCAGUUCACCAAGGACGAGUGGUUCACGGAGGUGGACGAGACGAACGGCACCUACAUCCCGGAGACGCCCAUCCUCACGGUGACCGUUCAGGACGAGGACGAGACGAACACGUUCCAGUACAAAGUGGUGCCGAACAGUGGUUUCGGGGCGGACAAGUUCGCGAUGGUGCGGAAUGGCGACGGGACGGGCUCCCUGAAAAUCAUCCAGCCACUGGACUACGAGGAUCCCCUACAAAGUAGUGGCUUUCGGUUCCGCAUCCAGGUAAACGAUAAGGGUGAUGACGGACCCACUGCCGGCGAUAAAUACCACGUCGCCUACUCUUGGGUGGUCGUUAAACUGCGGGACAUCAACGACAAUGUGCCCAAGUUCGAUCGCGAGCAUAUCGAAGUUUCCAUCUACGAGGACACGAAAGUGGGCACCAUCCUCGAGCAGUUCCGGGCCACGGAUGCCGAUCAGGGAGGUCACUCGAAGGUCAUUUACAAGAUAGUUCGCUCCACGAAUCGGAGAAGGCAGUUCGCCAUCAGUGACAAGGGAGCUGUGAGCAUACAGAGACCCUUGGACAGGGAAACCCUGGAUAGGCAUCACAUUCAGAUCUUGGCCAUCGACGAUGGCAACCCAGCUCGAACUGCCACUGCAACUCUAACCGUGAUAGUCAAGGAUGUCAACGAUAAUGCGCCGACUUUUGCCCAGGAAUACAAGCCCACCUUGCCCGAGAAUGUGUCGGGUAAAAAAAUCCUGGAGGUGGCAGCCAAGGAUGCCGAUGAUCGACAGAGAGGCAAUGGAGGACCCUUCACUUUUCGACUGGAUCCUUUGGCAAGCGAUGAAAUACGAGCGGGCUUCAAAGUGGAAUACGAUCGCAGAGGUGACAAUGGAAAUGGCGUGGCCAUCAUCUCAUCCCUUCGUCCCUUCGAUCGAGAGGUGCAAAAGUCCUAUGCCAUCCCCAUCGAGAUCAAGGAUAAUGGAGCUCCUGCGAUGACUGGAACCAGUACUUUAACCGUUACUAUCGGAGAUGUGAACGAUAAUAAAAUGCUGCCGGGAAGCAAGUCGGUUCUGGUUUACAACUACCAAGGACAAUCGCAGGAUACGCAGAUAGGAAGGGUGUACGUGAAUGAUCCCGAUGACUGGGAUGUUCCGGAUAAGAAGUACUACUGGGAGGUUCAGGAACACCAGAGAUUCAAACUGGACACGGAUACGGGAAUCCUGACAAUGAGAGCGGGAACCAGAAGGGGUCGCUACCAACUGAGAUUCAAGGUCUACGAUCGGGAACAUGGACAGGAAGACAUUCCGGCCAACCUCAGUGUUACAGUGCGCGACAUUACUGCAGAGGCGGUUCAGCAAGCUGGCUCCAUGCGAUUGGCUCACAUAACCGAUGAAGAUUUCGUGAGAACUUGGAACCCGGUUAAGAACCAAGUUGAGCCCUCCAAACUCGAGAGAUUCCGCAACAAACUCGCUGAAUUAUUGUACACCGAUCGUGAUAAUGUGGAUGUGUUCAGUGUUCAGCUGAAGGAGGGAAGUCCUUAUCCCUUGACAGAUGUCCACUUUGCAGCCAGAUCUGCCACUCAGCAGCCAUAUUUCAAGGCAGUUCGCUUGAAUGGCGUGGUGCAAAUGCAUCGCGAGGAGAUUGAAAAGGAUGUGGGUUUGAAUAUCACCAUGGUCAACAUAAACGAGUGCUUGCACGAGGGCAAGGGAAAGUGUGGCUCCAAUUCGUGUACUUCUAAGGUGGAAUUGGGCAAGAAACCUUACACGGUUAGUGUGAAUCGCACAGCUUUGGUGGGAGUUCGUCUGGAGAUCAGUGCCCAGUGUGUUUGUAGGGCCAGGAACUUCACGAACCAGGAUUACAAUUGCAGGAAUCAUCUCUGCUACAAUGGAGGUCGCUGUGUGGAGACCCGAAAUGGUCCAAAAUGUGUGGCAUGUCCGGUGGGCUACAAUGGUCCACGAUGUCAGCAGUCCACGCGAAGUUUUCGUGGCAACGGUUGGGCUUGGUAUCCUCCUCUCCAACUCUGCCAGGAAUCCCAUCUCAGCCUGGAGUUCAUCACCCGGGCAGCCGAUGGAUUGAUACUCUACAACGGACCCAUUGUGCCGCCAAAACCCGAGGAGGUUGUGAUCAGCGACUUCAUUGCCAUCGAAUUGGAGCAGGGAUAUCCACGGAUGCUCAUUGAUUUCGGAUCGGGAACUUUAGAACUCCGGGUGAAGACCAAGAAAACUCUGGAUGAUGGCGUUUGGCAUCGAUUGGACAUAUUUUGGGACUCGGAGAACGUACGUAUGGUUGUGGACUUUUGCCGGACAGCUUUGGUCUCCGAAAUGGAGGAUGGCACUCCGCCGGAGUUCGAUGAUAAUGCCUGCCAGGCCAGAGGACAAAUUCCACCGUUUUCCGAGUCCCUCAAUCUGAAUCAACCACUUCAACUAGGAGGACUUUAUCGACAGCAUUUCGAUCAAACUCUCUACAAUUGGCAGUACGCCUUCAGCUCGAAGGGUUUCGAUGGUUGCAUACGCAAUGUUAUCCACAAUUCGGAGCACUACGACUUGGCUUUUCCCGCUUUGGCUAGGAAUAGUUUUCCCGCCUGUCCGCAAACCGACGAGGUUUGCCUGAAAACCGAGCACACAGCUCGUUGUUGGGAGCAUGGCAACUGUGUGGCCAGCUUGGUUCAGGCCAAGUGCCAUUGUCAACCAGGUUGGAUGGGUCCCGGGUGCAAUGUGCCCACCAUACCCACAACCUUUAAGGCCCAGAGCUAUGUGAAGUUUGCGUUGAGCUUCGAACCCGACCGAUUUUCCACACAACUGCAGUUGAGAUUUCGAACGCGGGAGCAGGGAGGCGAACUCUUCCGGGUUAGCGAUCAGCACCACCGGGAGUAUGCCAUCCUGGAGCUCCGCAGGGGGCACCUCCAGUUCCGCUACAACCUCAACUCGCUGAGGAACGAGGAACAGCUCCUGACUUUAACCGCAAUCGCAGUGAACGACGGCCAGUGGCAUGUGAUUCGCAUCAGUCGCUAUGGAUCGGCGGCUUUAAUGGAACUGGAUGGCGGGGAGUCGAGGCGAUACAACGAGUCCUUCCAGUACACAGGACACCAGUGGCUGAGCAUCGACAAGCAGGAGGGCGUCUAUGCGGGCGGCAAGGCCGAGUAUACGGGCAUCAAGACCUUUGAGGUCCAGUCCGACUUCCAAAGGAGCUGCUUGGACGACAUCAGGCUGGAUGGGAAGCACUUGCCCUUGCCGCCGGCCAUGAAUGGCACCCAGUGGGGCCAGGCGACCAUGGCCAGGAACCUCGAACGCAACUGCCCGUCGAAUAGGCCCUGCUCGAAUGUCAUCUGCCCAGAUCCCUUUGACUGCGUCGACUUGUGGAACGAAUACGAGUGCACUUGCAGCGAGGGUCGCAUCAUGUCCUCGGACACGAAGGGCUGUGUUGAUAGGAACGAGUGUUUGGACCUGCCCUGUUUGAACGGGGCCACCUGCAUCAAUUUGGAGCCGAGGCUGCGAUACCGCUGCAUUUGCCCGGAGGGAUAUUGGGGCGAAAACUGCGAGUUGGUCCAAGAGGGCCAACGCCUGAAGCUCAGCAUGGGCGCCCUGGGGGCCAUAUUCGUUUGCCUUAUUAUCAUACUGAUUCUCGCCCUGAUCUUCGUGAUAUAUAGCCGCAAACGCAAGACGACCAAGAAAAAGAAGCGCUCGGGACCCGAAAAGGAUGUCCGGGAGACGGUAAUCAGCUACGAGGACGAGGGCGGCGGCGAGGACGACAUGACGGCCUUCGACAUUACGCCACUGCAAAUACCAAUCAGCGCCCAGGGAGGACCGCCGGACAUCGCCGCCUGCAAGAUGCCCAUAAUCUACCCCGUGAUGACGCUGCUGCCACCUGGCCAGGAGCUGAACGUGGCCUAUCUGAUGGAGGAGCGAAAGCAGCGCAUCGACAAGGACAACAACGCACCGCCCUUCGACGACCUGCGCAACUUCACCUUCGAGGGCAGCGGCAGCAUUGCCGAGUCGCUGAGUUCGCUGGCAUCCGGCACUGAUGACGAGAAUCAAGACUUUAACUAUCUACAGAACUGGGGUCCACGUUUCAAUGCCCUGGCCGCCAUGUACGUGCACGAUAAGGCGAAAGCCAAAAACGCUCCUUCGGAAGGGGGCGGGGGACCCGCGGAGGGGGCGGGGCCAUCAACGUCGCCGUUGAGCGGAGGAGCUGGCGAUGUCCUGGCGGUGGUCGCAACGGGAAGUGGAGCAGGUCCUGGCGGCGGUGGCAACGCCAGUGGGUUAAUGCCCCUGCACGACGUCGACAAAGUUGUAUUAUAAAAAUAAAUAGUUAAGUUGUAGUUAAAAACGAUGUUUCAGCUGCAAGCGGAAUGGAGGGAAGCCCUCCAAUCGAAACAGGUGUUUUGUGUAUUCGUGUGUCUGGUUUAGGGUUAAUUGUAUGUACAUGUGGCUCAUUUAAGACUAACGUAAGUUUUUAGGUGUUUCCCCACUUAUAAGAUACUGAGGGGCUAAAAUAGAAAAUGAGUUAUAACCAGUAAGAGGAAACUUCUUUCGUUACUUGCUAAACUGUCAAUAAAAGAAUACUUUUUAAAAUUUUGUUGGUGGAAAAAGAAUAUUAAAAUUGGUUUAAAAUGGUUACAAAUGCUUUAAGACAAUUUACUUAAUCUCCUGUUGUUAUGUUGUUUAAAUAUCAAAGGUUAAUUUAAAUCAAAAUUAAAAAAAAAUACACUAAUUGGGAUAUAUUUUAUCUUUCAAAGAUACCAUUUUCUUUCUGUGUCUUCCUUUCAAGACUCGUCUCUUCAAUGAUAUUCAACUGAACCAACUGAUAAGUCGAUGAAUAGUUAUAUAACUAAAUUAAACGAGUAUUUAAGCAUACUACAAUGAAAAAGAGUUUAUAAAACUUGCUACACAAUAGUUGAAGACCCUGUAUAAAUACGGCGUUAACUCUCUAGCACGUAAGUUGAACGAAACUAAACCGAAAUUUCGCCUAUCCUCCCAGAAAACGUUGAGCGUUGCAACUUUUGUGUGCCACCGACAGGGGAACGUGUCCGAUUGCCACCGACCAGGUGGCACCUCAAAGCCCUGGAAACCAACGUCGAAAGCUGCCACCGAACCCACGCAGCCACAAAAGUUUGCAGAGCAGAGUAGAAAUUUAAUAAGAGUAAAAAAUCAUAACUAACUUUGGUGAAAAUUAAAGGCAAGGGGGGAAUCUCUACUGUAACAUAAUUUUGUACAUAUUAAAUUCUGUAACUCUACAAUUAAACUAAACGAAAAAAUAAAGAAAACAACUAAUAGACUAAUUAACUACAUUUAAACCUACAUUUAAUUAACGACAAACAGAAGCCGAAACAAAAUACGAGUGUUGAUCAAACCAAUUUCAUAUUUCUGCAUUUACUAGCAACUACACAACAAGUACAGAAAAUGAAAGUAUUAAUAAUAAUAUUGUAAUAUGUAUUAAAUUAUGAGUCAUACACGAAAAACGGUUAAUUAAAUUUACGUUAGUUAAUGGACAAUUUGUUAGUAGCUAGCAUCUAAGCAUAAUUUUUUAAAAAUCAAUAAAGCCCCAAAAAAAUAUACA